AUGGCGGGAGUGCCGCAAAAUUGCUACAGGGCGAUAACUGCCACUGCGGUUGACGCAUACAUUUACAAUAGCGGCUCGGAUUCCGAGCCCUGGAAGGCCGUCCUGUACGGCGGCGACAUCGUAUUCGGCGGCGCAGUCUCCCUAAGCAAAGACCCAGACCGGACUCAAGGCCUCCAUCGUCGUCUAGUCGAGGAGCUCUGGGUAGCAAUCGUGCUGCGUAUCAGAGGCACGAUAGGCUUUGGUCAUAAGGAAAAGUCGGCGGCGUUCCUGUUCCAUUUUGAGGUGGGAGCUCCCUGGGAGAGGAUAGGUGUCGUCACGACGAACCUUGAGCAUCGAAGACCGCCAGACGCUCGUACAGAAUGCAACGUGCUUCUCAAUCAUCCCCACGACUGCCACCUGUUCCACCUGAAUCCCCCAUCUCUCUCCCAGCUCUUCCAUACUCACCGUUCAUCAACCAAAGCAAUGAAGCUCCUUGCUGGCACCAUCGCCCUCCUGGCCACCGCGGCCAUUGGCGUCCUCGCCGCCGACGAGGGCAUCAAGAUCGACGUCACCAACCCCGUCGAGUGCGAGCGCAAGACCAAGAAGGGCGACAAGAUUGAAGUGCACUACCGUGGCACUCUUGCCUCCAAUGGCGAGAAGUUUGACGCCAGCUACGACCGUGGAACGCCGUUUUCGUUCUCCCUCGGCGCUGGCCAGGUGAUCAAGGGCUGGGACGAGGGUCUCCUCGACAUGUGCAUUGGCGAGAAGCGCACUCUUACCAUCCCCCCCGAGUUCGGUUACGGCCAGCGAAACGUCGGACCCAUUCCCGCCGGCUCGACUCUCGUCUUCGAGACUGAGCUCAUCGGCAUUGCCGGUGUUCCCAAGCCCGAGAAGGCUCCCGAGAAGGCUUCCGACGAGAAACCUUCCGAGGAGAAGACUACUGAAGAGAAGGAAAAGGACAAGCGCGACGAGCUCUAG